AAGUUUCGUACAACCAAAAUGGUUGCCUGUUAAACAAUAACAGUAGGCUUUUAAGAUCUAUUCGUCAGCUGGUUUUCUCGGUUUUUCCAGUCACUAACCUUCAUAUUAGUGUCUGAAGAACUUGUUGUGCGUUGUUGAAUGCGAGAGAAAAGAUCCAAGUUUGCAUAUGUCUUACAAAAUUAUCAUCAUGUAAAUGGAUCAACUGUUUCAACAUUCUGAAAGAAUAUGUAUCUAUCAAGACCUGAAAAUAUAGCAUGCCUUCGACAGAGAUGCCGUGAGCAUGUAGCCGUGCCCUAUUCUAUGUGUGAAUGUCUGCAUAAUAGAGUGUAAGUGACAGAGAGAGAAACAGACAGCCAGCCACCAUGCCGAAAAUGACAAUGACCAAGGCGUCUAAGGGGAACGCCAAGCAGUUCCCUGUUAGAGUCACAACGAUGGACGCUGAACUGGAGUUUACUAUUGAGCCUAAGACCACUGGCAAAGAGUUGUUUGACAUGGUUGGCCGGACUAUUGGACUGAGAGAGACUUGGUAUUUUGGUCUUCAGUAUGUUGAUUCAAAGGAUUAUGUUGCGUGGUUGAAAUUUGAUAAGAAGGUCUUAGACCAAGGCAUCUCCAAAGAGUCCCAGAUACAGUUCACGUUCCUGGCCAAGUUUUACCCGGAGGAAGUCUCGGGGGAGCUGGUGCAGGAGAUCACGCAGCAUCUCUUCUUUCUACAGGUGAAGCAGUCCAUUCUCAACAUGGACAUCUACUGCCCUCCUGAAGCAUCGGUGCUCCUGGCCGCGUUCGCUGUUCAGGCCAAGUACGGGGACUACGACGAGUCGACGUACCAGCCUGGCAUGCUGGCAUCCGAUGACCUCCUGCCCCAGCGAGUGUUAGACCAGUAUCAGAUGACACCUGCCAUGUGGGAAGACAAAAUCAAGUUCUGGUACGCAGAGAGACGUGGCAUGACCAGUGAUGAAGCUGAAAUGGACUACUUGAAAAUAGCUCAAGAUCUUGAAAUGUAUGGUGUGAAUUACUUUCAAAUCAAAAACAAAAAAGAUUCCGACCUGUGGAUUGGCGUGGACGCACGAGGCAUCGGGGUCUAUGACAGAGACAACAGACUUUUGCCCAAAGUUGCUUUCCCUUGGAGCGAGAUUAAAAAUAUCUCCUUUAACGAUAAAAGGUUCACGAUCAAAAAUGUUAACAAGAAGGAGCCCCACUUUGUGUUCUAUGCCCCAAAACCAAGAAUCAACGAGCUGAUCCUGGAGCUGUGUAUGGGGAACCAUGAGCUGUACAUGCGGCGCCGUAGGCCCGACUCCAUGGAGAUCCAGCAGAUGAAGGAGAAAGCUAUGGAGGAGAAGGCCAGGAAGCAGAUGGAUCGGUCUCGACUGGCCAGGGAAAAACAGCUGAGAGAAGAAGCAGUGAGGGAGAAGGAAGAGAUGGAAAGAAGAUUCCUGCAAAUGCAAGAUGAAGUCAGGCAAACUCAGGAAGCCUUGGCUAGGUCGGAGGAGACGGCCGAGUUGCUCCACGAGAAGAUGACGGUGCUGGACGAGGAGGCCCGUCUGCUCACACAGAAGGCCGCAGAAGCCGAGGCAGAGGUGCAGAGAAUCAAACUGACAGCCAUCAAGACGGAAGAAGAGCGAAUGCACAUGGAGCAAAGGGCUCAUGAUGCUGAGAUUUUGGCAGCAGCCAUCUUGGAAGACUCAGAAAACCGGGCCAAAGAAGCAGAACAACUGAAAGAUGAACUGAUGAAGGCCAAGCUCUCAGAGAAGGCAGCCAAGGGAAAGCUCCUCGAACUUACACAGACCAUGUCCCACACAGACUACUCCACAUCCAUCCCAUCUUACCCCGUCCUCGCAUCAGACUUGUCGCCCACCCUACAGUACGUCGAGAGUGGCGCGCCCCUCCCGGAUGGGGACAUUUUCUCUGGCAAUCUGGAUCAGCUGUCUCUGGAGAUGGAGAAAGAAAGACGAGAAUAUUUAUCCAAGAGCAAAACCCUCCAAGACCAACUGAAGGACCUCAAGUCUGAGAUCCAAGUGCUCAAAGUUGAGGACCGCUCCAGCACCUUGGAUAGACUGCAUGACGAGAGCAUGCAGAGAGGCGACUCCAAGUAUGCCACACUCCGAAAAGUUACAGCAAAUUCUGCAAAAGCCCGAGUUGCCUUCUUUGAGGAAUUAUAACGCAGCUCCCCUUGACACCUACAGUAGUUUGUUGAUUGAUUGGAAGAAGACAGCUACAAGACAGCUUGUUGUUUAUUGACCGCAGGAGAGAAGUGCCUUAGUAUUGUUGCUUCAUGCAUUAGAAUUGUUUUGUUGUAACAUUGGCCUGUUAAAAUUGUAGGAGGGUUGUUGUUUUUUUUAUUGUAGUUUUCUUUUGAGAAAAAUUUUUCUGGCUAUUCCUGAACUGAGAUCAAAGCAAAUGUCGGAUAUUUUGAUUAAUCACAACUUUAUGCUGGUUGUUUUUGUUGUUUUUUUUAGUCUUGACUUUUAUUCGGUGCCAAAGCAAGGAUUUAGAUUGUGUCAGUUGGGGCUUAAAAUAUUUACAGCUAGUUACAAAACAUUAGUUAAACUAUGGAAUAGUUUUUACAGGUAGGUCAUAUUUAGACAGGUUUGAAAGGCUUUGUGACGAAAGUUUUAACUCCCUUGAGUUCAAGUAGGACUGUUUAGUUGCCCACCAGUAUUUGAUAUGUGUUUGAAGGUGUCAUCGCAGAAGUCCAUUUUUGUGUUGGGAAAAUACAUCUGUUUUCUGGUAUUGCUUCUCACAGACUUGCAGAUGCUGAAGAAAAAUUAUGAACUUUUAAGAUCGGAUUUUGUAAAGAGUAUGAGAAUGAAGUUUCACAUGUGAAUUAGAGAGAUCUUUUCCUGCAGGUCUUCUUUUGAUAGCUGGAAUUUACUGACUGCAGAAAAGUGUGUGUGGAGGGUUUGAAAACGGGGGGUUAUGCCCACCAACUUGAUCUGCCGUGUGGUAAAGGUCUGUUCUGAAUAGUUUGGAAAAGUUGACAGCUUUAAUUAAAACUGGAUUUUAAUGAAAAUUCAAAAGCAACACGGUUUUAGAAUACCUAGACAGCAUUCGUGUUCACAGAAAAAGGAUGUCUUUACCGUGAUGGUAUUUUGUGUAGUGGCUUUAAGCAGCUAUAAAUAAAUGGCUGAGAUGAGGAUGAUGAUGAUCAUCAUCACAGACAGAAAAAUUUCCUUUUUUAAUUUCUUGAAGCAUAACAAUUUCUACCAUGUUGGCACAUUUUUACAAAUCUUACAAAUAUCAACUCCAAAUUAGGACUUGCGACAACAUUUUUUUAAAAGGCUGAGAUACGAUGUAUAUCGGCCCAGUUUGUGUUCAAACGGAUACUGAGGUUUUGCUUUUCUUCUGUUGAUACAAGUGUGCUGCUAUGGUUUUUGAGUAGUGUAGUAUGGUGAUUGACAAUCAAAAAACGUAGAAGAAGUUACGUGAGGUGACCCUCUGGUCAGAUACGUUUAGCUUGCAUGUAAAUGUUAUAGUCUUCUUUAGUAGAUCCAGCGUAGGUUACUUUUAGUAAAAAGUUUCUUUUAGCUCUUGUAAUACAAAUAAAUUGUAUAUGUGCCGAAGAAUAGAGUAAAAUACCAUAGAAAAGAAAGAGGACUGAUAAGGGCAAUAGAUGUUUGAUGGAAAGGAAGAAGCAAAUCACGCCAGAGCACCCGCCAACCACCCACUCUCUUUAGUCACAUACACUUAGCUUGUAGUAAGCAGGUUGUGUGGUGCUCCUUUUUAGUAAGCUUUAUGUUGUGGGUGGGUGGCUUGGAAGGCACUAACAGUAGGUUGUACUUCUUUGCUUUCCCUAGGUUGUUUUUGUCUUAUUUCCCCACACUAAAUGACCGUUAUUAUUUUUAUGUGCUUCUCUUUACUUAAUCAAAACAAAACUCUGCAGUAGACUUUGCCUGUAAAAGCUUUGAAGCAUGGUCUUGUCAGAUGGGUGGUUGGCGAAUGCUCUAGAAUGGUCUGCUUUUUCCGUUUGUCCUUUCAACCAUCUAUCUAUCAUCAUUUUCUCCCCUGCUUCUCUUCUUUGUCUGAUUCUCUAAACACACCUCUAAUAUCUUAUUAUAACGUAUUUGUGUUGCAAGUGCAGUAAAAAACUCUUACUAAAACUAAAACAGCUGAUCUUGUUACAGAUAUAGUAUAGUUUUGACGAAGCUGAAGUGACAGUUCGUUGAGAGAGAGACGAAGUAAGGUCUAGGCUGAACUCUUAGUGUUCUUGGUUUUGACGUUUGGUGUGUUGUGAUAUCCCCGAGUGUGUGGAAGAAAUGUGCAAUUUGUGUCAGGUUAGGUUCUUCUUCUUCUUCUUCUUUUUCUUUCUUCUUCUUCUUCUUCUUCUUCUUCUUCUUACUCUUCUUCUUCUUCUCCUCCUCCUGCUUCUCAAAGUUUGGUACCAUGAAUCAUGAAUGGAUAGAAUUAUCAUCACAAUGCCUAUUCCCUAUUUCGGAGAAUUCAUCCGUGAAAGCAUUACAGUGACCUGUUGGUGUUGUGAUGGGAGGAAAAAAUGGUCAGUUCGUUUCCUUUCAAAGAUGUUUUGUGGAUAGCUUUGGCUGUAUUUGAGUGCCCUCCCUCGCUUUGUUUUUCUACUGAAAGGCAUUUAUAUCUUUUGUGUAUGUGCUAGAUUUCCCACUUUCAUUGUGAUUUCAUUGGUGUUGGGGAGGGAGGGGGAUUAUGCAUUAAACUGUUCAGAAUAUUUUGCUGUAUCAGUUCAAAUAUGACAUUUUUGUAUUGAUCAGCUGCAGAAGAUUUGCUGUGUGAUGUUUUCAGUUUGGCUUUUUUAUAUUUGUUUUUUUCUUCAGCUGAAUGCCACUGUUUUUACCCCAGAGUUGUGACAUCUUGUGCUGCUGUGUGUUAUCCUUAUGUGUGAUGCAAAAUCUUAUACCUACUCUUUGACUCGGCAGGUUUGUCUAGUUUGAGAAGAAAUGCUUUUUUUUUUUUGUCUAAUUGAUUACGGAAAAUAUCUGUCUUUUAUGUAACCUCAGACAUAGUAGGAUCAAAAUUGUUCAAGAGGUCCAUCCAUUGUUAAGGAGAAAACUGGUUGUGUUAUACUGGUAGACGUCUUGGUCAGUGUCACGAUGUUGAAAAGACUUUGAAAACAGACUACACUACACAUUGCAUGAAAACUUCCUGGUUUUGUGUUGCUUCGUUGUAUUCCUGGUUGUGCCUCUUAUUUUGUUUUGUUUUGUGUAGUCUAUUAGGACCCCCGAGAACAAACUAAAGGUCAGUGUAUUGCAGCUUGAAUAUGUCACUCUCUCUGUCGCUUAAACGAUUCUUUGUGGCAGUAGAAAAGGUGAAGCUGAAGUUAAGCUUGGGGACAGUUAUAAGUCUUCUUUUUCUUAUUCUUCUCAGUCACAUCACACUUGAAAUCCGGUAUCAAAAUUAUAUUAGUAUAGCCCCUCCCUCCCCUCUCAUGACUGUCCUGCUCAGUUUUUGUUUUUGUUUUUUUACCCCGUACAGCUUCUCCUGCUCUGUUAAAAUGGGAUUAGUUUUUAGUUAUCGUUAACAUUAUUUUAAUGUUUCAAGUAUUUGGAAGUUAAUUUUGUACAACAUGUUUUCUUUUCACUUCGUUCAAAAAACAGUUUUAUUUCAUAUUGUCCUCUAAAUGUGGUUUCGAAACAAAAAUUAUAUUAGUGACAAAAUACAGAUGUUUUUGAUGUCUUGAAAUGUAGUUCUCUUUUACUGGAUUAUCCGUUGAAUUGUGUUGAGAGUGGCUUAACAAUGAUCUAGAACAAACUUUGAUUGGUAUCAGUGGCCGUUUUUUGGUUGCUUGUUGUUUUUUUUAAGUUGUUGAUGUAUGUUGAUGUUCCUCUGCUUUAUCAAGGAAGUUAUGUGGCUAUUUUACUUUCCUACUUAUUAGCCAAAGUACAGUGGAAAUUGUCCAAAAUGGCCACACACUGUCAAGGAGAAAAAUGGUUAUCUUAGACAGGUGGACGUCUUAAACAGUGUCUUUGUGAUGAAAUAUAGGGGAAAAAAAUAUGAGAAAUGGUCGCUUGGACAGGUGGCUGUGAGAUCAGGUCUGAAUGUAUUUUCAUGAUUGACUUCUAAUCUAACAACAACCCUGAUUUCCUUCAGCUACAAGCCUUAAAUUACUGUCUCAUUAUUCUCUAGAGGUAAAUGUAAAGUAUAGCCCCCUCCCUCCCCUCUCAUGGUGGAGUGCUUGACUUGGUGUGCAGCUUCUGGAGUUGCCACUGAGGUCACGCUGGGGUCGAAGUUAUGUCUCUCUGGAAAAUGAAACCACAUGCUGUGAUCGUUUUGAUGUACAAAGACAUGAGGGAGGGAGGGGAGGGGGUUUAAACUUUACUUUCGCCACUUUUUAAAAAUGUGAAUACUUAUUAGAUUGAUAAGUGUGCUAUGGUACAGCAUGCACAUAACGAAAUUGGCAGGAUGUGAAAAUCUUUUCGUUAUGUACAAGUGAACACUGUGUAUGUGUUUUAAAUACAAAGAAAUACAUGUAGCAUAAGAACAAAUUUGGACCUGAAAAUUUGUUUGCUAUGUGUAUUUUUCGCUAUGGGCGUCCUAAGCUAUUUUUGCAUGUUACAUUUAUCCUGCACUGUUGUCUUUAGUUGUACUCGCGCUGUGCUUCCGUGUCUCUCCGUUUGCCUCAUGCUGGGAGGCAUAAGAAAGAAGAAGGUAUGAGUUAUAUUUAUAAUAUAUGUCUCACGGCGCGGUGGAAUCAGACACUUAUCAAUUUUUGGGCAUGUGAAGUUAUUGGUAUCACCUUAAAGUCUGUUCAUUUGUCUUGCGUUGAAUGAAAAAAAAUUCCGCUAUCUUGAAUAGAAGUCAAGAUAUUUUUGCAGUUGAAGGAGGUAGGGAUCACCUGGUUUCAGAGGUUAAAUUAUCAAGAAAAUGACCACUCAAGUUUGGUGACUUCCAAGGUUUGAGAGUCCUUGGAAACUGAAAAUAUGCAAUUUUGUGCCUUUAUCUGCAUUUUUCAGUGAAUUCCACACAUAAACGUGUUAUUUAGUGAACAUAAAAGGUAUUGAGUGAAAAACAUAAAUUCGAAAAAAAAA